AUGAAACUUAUAUCAAUUGUAAUUCUACUACUCGCGAACCUAGUAUCAUACACAUUAGCAGACAAUCUAUGUGAACUAGAAGAAUUGAUCACAAACUCGAAGAAUCACGUAAUACAAAUACAUAAUGGAGAUUUAUCAAUUAUAAAUUCAAUAAAUCCAAGACCAUUUUAUACAUUAUUAUAUUUAACAUCAUCAAAUCCAAAACAUGAAUGUCAAUUAUGUGCAGUGCUAUCACCAAUUAUAAAUAAAAUUUCAAAUAUAUGGUAUAAUGAAAAUUAUAUACUAUAUAAGGAUUUAAUAUUUAUUGUAAUUAAUUUAAAAGAUUUUUCAAAUUCAAAAAUAUUUGGUGAAUUAAAAUUAACAACUAUACCUCAUAUUUGGCUAAUACCUCCAAAAUUUAAUGCUAAUCCUGAAUCUAAUUCAAUUUUAAAUGAUCCUCAUUAUGAAUUAAAUCCACCUCCAUUAUCUGAAGAUCAACAAAUAAAUGCAUUAAAUGAGUUUUUAAAUGAACAUUUAUCAAAAAAUGUUAUAAUUCAACAACAACAACAGACUAAUGAUCAGCAAUUAUCAAGAUUUUUCAAGACUUUUUUAGUUACUUUUUCAGUAAUCAUAUUGAUUAAAAAAAAGGGACCAUCAUUUAUAACAUCAACUCAAAAAAAAACUAUAGUUUCAAUAAUAUCAAUUUUACUUAUAAUUUUAUUUAUAUCUGGUUAUCAAUUUACAAUACAAAAUAAAGUUCCAUUAUUAACUAAAAAUAAUAAUGAUAAUUCUUUAGUUUAUAUAAGUGGAGGAACUCAUUAUCAAUAUGGUAUUGAAAUUUUUAUAAUUGGUGCAAAUUAUUUAGGAUUACUACUAUUCUUUAUAAGUUUAAUUAAAUUAGGAGAAUAUCAAAUUAAUGAAAAUUCAAAAUUUCAAAAUGAAAAAUUAAGAAUUUGGUUAAUUAUUUUGAAUUCUAUGGUGAUAUAUAUCUUGUUUAGUUGUUUGACUAGUAUAGUGUUGAGAAAAGAUGGUGGAUAUCCUUAUCCAUUGACUAUACUUUUUUAA